UCUUCAGAGAACAUGAAAAGAGCUUCAGACUCGAAUGGUGCAUCAGAAUCUCAUCCGACUCCAGAAAAAAUGUCCAAAACGGAACUGAGUGAUCAACUGUCCAACUUCAAAUUAGUUAAACAGCUAAAUUGUCACAAUGACACUAAAACUAUAUUCUUACAGGUGGAAAAAGAAGAAAAAAUGGGUGUCAUAAUUUUAGAAAAGCAACCAUUCGAUGAUAAAAUUGCAGAGGAGGUUCUUUCUGAAGAUUUGCGAUCGCAGGUUGUUUUUUCAAAUGAUAUUUAUUCGACUCAUAAAGUUUUAGUGCAGUCAAAAGCAACAAAUGAAAUCAAAACUACUUUGAUUUAUCCAGCUAUUGAACGGCAUAUUCUCAAGUAUUCUGCGAAAGAUCCUUUCGUUUUUGAAGAAACGCCUCAGUUGUACUCUGAUUUCGUGAAGCCGUUUUUCGAAAAAGAAGCUCUAAAUUGCCAAUGGGUAUAUAAUAUUUUAGAGAAGAAAAGCGAAUCUGAGAGAAUAAUAUGCGAAGAUGCUGACCCACAAAUUGGCUUUGUAUGCGUUCCUGAUUUGAGAGCAAAUGAUUUAAGCGACGUGCAAACGUUUCACGCUGUGGCCAUAGUUAACAGACGUGACCUUAUGAGUAUCAGAGACUUGAAUGCUAGUCAUUUGGACCUGUUGAGAAAUGUGCAGAAACUGUGUUUGAAAGGUAUCAAAGAGAAGUUUUCAUUUGGAAAAGAAAAGUUGCGUGUUUUUCUUCACUACCAGCCUUCGUUUUACCAUCUGCAUAUCCAUUUUGCAUCUAUUCAUAUUCAGGGAACCCACGUGCAAGUAGAGAGAGCACACCUUCUUUCAGAUGUGAUUCAGAAUCUAGAAAUGCAAAGUAAUUUCUACCAGAAGAAAACUAUGACAUAUGUGGUUAAUCAACAAGAUCCACUUAUGGAAGUGAUCAGAGAAAACGUAAUAACUGAAGCUGAGUAGAUUAACUGACUUCUUGGUACUUUCAGUUAGUAUGUAUUCAUUUUUGUAAUUCAUUGCUUUUCUGAUUG